GCUGGUUGGUGGCGUGCGUCCUCUCCAUCAUCAGCUCGACUAUGCUUGCCCUCCACCUCCUCCUCCACCAUCCAUGGCUCUCGACGCAUAUUAUGACGUGCAUAUGCCUCCGCCAUCGCCAUGCUCAUCUGACGCAAUGAGUCGCUAUGCGUCAGCAGAGGACCUUCAAUCGCUCGACAAGAGUGACGACAAUGGAGAGGAGGACAUCGGUAACGGAGAGGCAAACGCCAUUGAUAUGAAGGCUGAGGAGUUCAUCGCAAUGUUCUACAAACAGAUGAGACUGCAGAGGCUGGACUCGCUUAAAAUUCACGGUGAAGCAGCAAAGAAAGAGGAGCAACUGGAUUCGUCGGAGAUCGUCGAGGAGGAAGCGACGACCGAAAAAGCUGCGGAGGACGCCGCAGCGGAAGAAGCUGCAUGCUGAGAAAUAGAUGGCCUCGUUUCAAAGCAACGGGGUGGGGGAAUUUGGCACGGGGCUGGGUUUGUGAUCUGAUCCAAAGGAAUAAAUGACCAAAGCUGAAAGUUUUCAUGUUUCUCUGAAACGAUUAGGAUCAUGUUUUUUUUUUUUUUUUUUUUUUUGUGUGUGGGAGAAUAGAGAGAAUGUGUGACCAUGCAGGAGAUUGUUACUGCACAGAGAAAAUGACUUGGAAAACUGAGGUUUAACUUCCGCACCAUUUUCGACGAGGUUUAUAUUAUGCAGGGUUGAUUGUUGCUGAGUUUAA